AAAAUUGACCUUGCCAAUGUUGUCAUUGUCCACUAUGUCUAUAUAUAUAUAUACUCAUAUAGAAGGUUAUUAUUCAAUUGUCUUAAAGUUACAUAUUUUCCCAAAGUUCCAAAAUUCUUUUUCUAAGUUUGAGUUUCUAGGUGGACUCAAACUUAAAAAUUAAAAAUUCAUAUAUAUUGUUGGAUUUUCUAGCGUAACGAAUAAAGGUAUAUUAAAAUUUCUGACUUUAUCACUGUUAUUCAAGAUAUGACAUUAUUUCACGGGUACACUUCAAUAAUUACGAUUGUUCUAUUAGCUACGAGUUAUUUAGUUAUUUUUUCCGAAGCUACGACGACAUCAUCAAGUCAAUUGUCAAAUGCAAUUUUGAUUAAAGUAGAUCAAUCUGGUAAAGGUGAUUACAAGAAAAUACAAGAUGCAAUUGAUGCAGUGCCUUCAAAGAAUACACAACAUGUGUUUAUUUUGGUCAAACCUGGUGUUUAUAGAGAAAAAGUUGUUGUUCCAAGUGACAAGCCAUUUAUAACAAUUAGUGGGAGAAAAACAACAGUCAAAAAUACUAUAAUUACUGGAAAUGAUUAUGGAGAUAUAUUCAAAUCUCCAACUUUCACUGUUUUUGCUUCUGACUUUGUGGCUAGAUACCUUACAAUUCAGAACACAUAUGGAAGUGGAGCAAAAGCAGUAGCAUUGAGAGUAGAAGGAGAUAAAGCAACCUUUGUGGGUUGUAGAAUUAUGUCACAUCAAGACACAUUACUUGAUGAUGUUGGUAGACAUUAUUAUAAAAAUUGUUAUAUUGAAGGUGACACUGAUUUCAUAUGUGGAAAUGCUGCUUCUCUAUUUGAGAAAUGUCAUUUGCACUCGCUUUCGCAAUCGAAUGGGGCUAUAACAGCACAACAUAGACAAUCACCUCAAGAGAAUACUGGAUUCACUUUCUAUGGAUGUAAGAUUACUGGAGUGAAGAGUGCAAUUCUUGGGAGGCCAUGGGGUGCUUAUGCUAGGGUUGUAUUUGCUCAAACUUACAUGUCAAGUGUUAUACUCCCCAAUGGUUGGGAAGAUUGGAAUGACUCCUCCAGACAAAGGACAUCCUAUUUUGCUGAGUACAAGUGUUAUGGGCCUGGUGCAAGUUCUAAUAAGAGGGUAAAUUGGUUAAAGACUUUGUCUAGUGAAGAAGCUGUGCCCUACUUGAAGGAAAGUAUUAUGGGCCCAAAAAGUUGGACUAGGUCCAAGCCCACACAUUUAACACCUUUAUCUAAAGUCAACUCCAACAAAUUCAACAAAAAGAGAAGCAGCCCAUAAAACUUGAAAAUUUAUUUUCUACUAUGUAUUUGUUUUUUUUUUUUAAAAAAAAUAGUUUUAGUUAUUAUUUGAACCCUCUACAAAUAUGACCAAUGUUUUAGUGAAGACACAAAAGAUCUUGGAUUUAUUUUGUAGAGAGAGUGGUCUAUCUAUUCAAAGAUUAAUGUAAUCAAAUUCUUGUUCUUAAACAAUGUAUACUUGUCAACUUUUAUCUCUCUUUUAUAUGGACGAUAAAAUUAGCCCAUAAAAAUAUGAUUC